ACUCCCCAUCUUUCUCUUCAAACCCAACUCCCACUUCUCUCUCUCUAAGUUUCUCAACCCUUCUCUCCCCUUUUCCUCCUUUGGGCCUUCUCUUCUUCUGCUUCUUGUUAUUCAUACAACACUCCUUUCUCCUCUUUUUUUUGAAUGACCAUAUUAUCCUUUCUAAAUCUCUCUAUUAUUCCAUCUUUUGAGGUCUACGGGACUGUCACCACCCCCACCCCCAACCCCGCUGCCGCUCCUGCUGCCAUUUCUUCCUUCGGAUUGUUUGAUAAUGGAAAUUAUGGAACACAACAGUUUGAUCUCCGAGUUGACUCAAGGGAAGGAACUCGCCCUUCAACUCAGAACUCAUCUUCACCCUUCUUCAUCCCCUGAACAAGCUUGCCUUUUCUUGACUGAAAUGAUUCAAUCUUCUUUUGAGAAAGCGCUUUUGCUUCUCAAUUUCAAUUCUUCUAAUCUAAAAACCCAUCAAAUUUCUUCGUUGGAUGAACAAGAAGGAGAGGAAGAGGAAGAAGAAGAAGAAGAAGUGGAAGAAUCAUCCACUAAGAAAAAGAGGAAGAUCAGUAGAAGCAGAGAUGCGUUGAAAAAAAGAAAAUUGCUUCCUCGAUGGACUGAGGAAAUUAAGGUUUGCAAUGGAAGUGCUCCUGAAGGCCCUCUCAAUGAUGGUUAUAGUUGGAGAAAAUAUGGGCAAAAAGAUAUCCAUGGUGCUAAUUUCCCAAGAUGUUAUUAUCGAUGUACCCAUAGAAAUGUAAGAGGAUGUUUGGCAACAAAACAAGUUCAAAAAUCUGACAACGAUCCAAAUAUCUUCGAGGUAACAUACAGAGGAAGACACACAUGCAACCAAUCCUCUAACUUGGGAUCCACUUCCAUUUCGUCUCAAAAUCAAAUUUACGAAGAAACAAAUCAAAUUCAACAAAAACCCAAUUCUGAAAUUUGGUUUGAUUUCGGAGACAACAAUUUUAAUCUCAAAACAGAGGAUUUCGACCAAGUUUUUCCACCAUUUUCAUUUUCCUACGAGGAGCCGAUAAUGAACCCGACUUUUAUCCCCGGCGAGGACUUGACUGCAGCAGUGUCGUCGCCGGCGACGGACACGGCGUGGGAUUGGAGCGGGUACGACGGCGGAGUACAGAGGGUUCAGUCGUCGGAGCAAUCGGCGGUGACGGAGAUAGUUUCGGCGACAACUUCAGUGACAAAUUCGCCGAUUUAUAAUGGGGAUUGGGAUUUCUCGCUUGACAAUAUUGAUUUCGACCAUAAUUUCCCCUUUGACUCUCUAGAUUUCAUCUCUUGACUUUUUCCUUAUUAUUAUUUUUUUUUAUCCACGUAGGAUUUGAGGUGUUUUUGUUUUCUUUAGAUAUUCUUCCAUUGUGUAAGAAUAACUUUGUGAACUGUGGGGAUUAAUCUGUGUAGUUUAAAGUUUAUUAAUUUUUUUUUUUAGGGUUUAUUCAUGUAUUAUUGUAGUUAUUGUUUUUUUCUUCUUGUUUAAAGAAGUGUAAUGAUGAUUAAGUUAAUGAAUAAUAUUUUUUGUAGUGAUUUAAGAAAA